GUUCCGCAAACAGUUUAUCGGUUCCUACUAUUGGUUCGACAUCUGCCACAGUGAAGCCACACGCUUGCGAGUGGCCCGACUGUGGUCAGACAUGUGCCAGUGCUGCUAAUCUGAAGGUGCAUAUGCGUGUGCACACGGGCGAACGUCCCUAUGCGUGUGACUAUCCUGGGUGUGGCAUGGAGUUUACACAAAAUAGUAGUUUGAGAACACACAAACGCGUGCACACGGGCGAACGUCCAUAUGCAUGUGACUAUCCGUCGUGUGGCAUGGAGUUUACACAAAGUCAGCAUCGUGAAAACACACAAACGCGUGCACACGGGCGAACGUCCCUAUGCGUGUGACUACCCUGGGUGUGGCAUGGAGUUUACUAUAAAUGGUAAUUUGAAAACACACAAACGCGUGCACACGGGCGAACGUCCCUAUGCAUGUGACUAUCCUGGGUGUGGCAAA